AUGUCGAAAUUGAAAAAGAACUUGCGGAAGAGGUUGAACAGGAGAAGGAGGCUGUUGAGAUUAAGCAGGCUGCAGCCAAAUGGUAAGAUAUCGCAGAGUAGACAAGGUCGAUUGUCUGGAUUCUCUGAGCCGAUUUUUACUUAUACGUCGCUGCUGUGUUUCGAUAGGGCCGACAUGUUCUCAAAGUCAUCAGCAGCCAUAGAGUCAGCAUCAUGGAAAAAGGGUGAGCCAGUCCCAUAUGCGGCCCUGUGUCAAACAUUCGAGCAGAUCGAGAGCACAACAAAGCGCCUUCAAAUUUUGGACUAUCUUGUCAAGUUCCUAAUCUCAGUUAUCAAGCUGAGUCCAGAGAGUCUGCUUACAGUCAUCUAUCUUUCAAUCAACAAGCUUUGCCCGGAGUACGAAGGACUGGAACUAGGCAUUGGAGAGUCGUUACUUAUGAAGGCUAUCGCGGAGUCGACAGGGCGAGAAAUGAAAAAGAUCAAGGCGGACUAUGCUGAGAUUGGUGAUCUGGGCAUCAUUGCAAUGAGCAGCAGAAGUAACCAACCCACCAUGUUCAAACCCAAGGCCUUGACCAUCCCUCACGUCUUUAAGACACUCAAGGACAUUGCUUCGUUGUCAGGAAACUCGUCUCAAAAACAAAAGGUCGACAAGAUCAAACUACUCUUGGUGUCAUGUCGAAACAAGGAGGCCAAAUAUUUGAUGCGGUCGCUCGAAGGAAAGCUGAGAAUCGGUCUCGCUGAGCGAACCGUCGUCGUUGCCCUUGCACAAGCCAUUGUUCUGUCUCGACCUGAUAUCAAGAAGAUGUCAAAGGAGAAGCUGCAAGUGGAACUUGAGAAUGCGGCAUCGGUCGUUAAAUCGGUAUACAGCGAGCUGCCUUGCUACGACCUCAUCGUUCCAGCGCUUCUCAAGGCUGAUAUUGACGGACUGAAGGAGACCUGCAAACUGACGCCAGGUAUUCCUUUGAAGCCCAUGCUGGCGCAUCCAACAAAAGCCCUGUCAGAUAUCCUAGAUCGAUUUGAAAACAUUGCGUUCACUUGCGAGUACAAAUACGACGGCGAGCGUGCUCAGAUCCACAAGUUGGAAGAUGAAAGCAUGAGGAUUUACAGCAGAAAUUCAGAGAAUAUGUCUGCCAAGUAUCCGGAUGUCAUGGAGCGACUAGGAAAGUUUGCCAAACCCGAUACAAAGUCCUUCGUGCUGGAUUGCGAGGCUGUAGCAUGGGAUCGAGAACAAAAAUGCAUCCUCCCCUUCCAAGUACUAAGCACCAGAAAACGUAAGGACGUCAAGGAGGAGGACAUCAAGGUCCAGGUUUGCAUCUUUGCGUUUGAUCUUCUGUAUCUCAACGGCGAGUCGCUACUGAGGGAGCCUCUUACGAAGCGUCGUGAGGCAUUGGUGGACCAUUUUAACGAGGUCAAUGGAGAGUUUGCGUUCGCUAAGAGCAUGAACUCAACCCAAAUUGAAGACAUUCAGACGUUCUUGGACCAGAGCGUGGUGGACAACUGCGAGGGUCUGAUGGUAAAGACACUGAAUGGUGCAGAAGCAACCUACGAACCCUCCAAGCGAUCAAGGAACUGGCUCAAAGUUAAGAAGGAUUACCUGUCUGGCGUUGGCGACUCGAUCGACCUAGUUGUCAUUGGUGCAUAUGCGGGACGCGGAAAGCGGACUGGAGUAUAUGGAGGAUACCUUUUGGCCUGUUAUGACCCCGAUCGCGAGGAGUAUCAGUCAAUCUGCAAGAUCGGAACUGGAUUUAGUGAGCAGGAUUUGGAGAUUCACUACAAGGAACUGAAGGAACAUGUUAUUCCGGAGCCGAAAUCGUACUAUGCUUUGGGCGAAGGAAACAAACCCGAUGUGUGGUUCGCGCCAGUCCGGGUAUGGGAGAUCAAGUGUGCGGAUCUUUCUGUCAGUCCUGUGUACAAGGCAGCGGUUGGCAUUGUGGACUCGACCAAGGGUAUCUCGCUUCGGUUUCCAAGGUUCGUCCGUGUUCGCGACGAUAAGUCGCCGGAGAAUGCGACCUCGAGUGAGCAGAUUGCGGAGAUGUAUAAUGACCAGAAGCUGAACACAGUCAAGAAUGACACGAGCCUGGGUGUUGAUAUGGACUUUGAUUAUUAG